AUGGGAUCUGAAAUGAAUUUAAUAGGACAUCACCAGCUAGCCACUGCUGAUGGAUUUUCUCUUGCUGAAGGUCCUCACUUGUUUGGUGUCCUUUCAGAGCCAAUGAGUUCUCCAGUACAAGAGGCAGAUGUGUCACCUUACGCACAGUACAACAGUGUGCCAUUUCCCCAAGUUCAGCCUCAGAUUUCAUCGCCACCUUAUUACUCCAACCUAGGCUUCUACCCUCCGCAGCAUGAGGAAUGGUAUUCCCCCGGGAUGUACGAGCUCAGGAGAAUACCCUCAGAGACCUUUUUCACCAGGGCAGAGAUAAUGGAUAUCCCGGCAGCCAAAAAGCCUAGACUGGGUCACUCCACGGGCAGAGUGAAAGGAGAAGAGCUCUGUGUGGUCUGUGGUGACAAAGCUUCUGGGUACCACUACAAUGCUCUUACUUGUGAAGGAUGCAAAGGGUUCUUCAGAAGAAGCAUCACAAAAAACGCAGUAUACAAGUGUAAGAAUGGAGGCAACUGCGAGAUGGACAUGUACAUGAGGAGAAAAUGCCAGGAGUGUCGUCUAAGGAAAUGCAAGCAAAUGGGCAUGUUGGCUGAAUGUAUGUAUACAGGUCUGUUAACAGAAAUACAAUGCAAGUCAAAAAGGCUACGGAAAAAUGUGAAACAGCCCCCAGAUCAGACAGUUAAUGAAGAUAAUGAAGGCCAUGACAUGAAACAAGUGACAUCUACAACUAAAAUAUACAGGGAGAAAGUAGAAUUCACCCCAGAACAGCAGAACCUUCUUGAUUACAUCAUGGAUUCAUACAGUAAACAACAAAUACCACAGGAGGUGUCAAAAAAACUAUUACACGAGGAAUUCAGUGCUGAAGGAAAUUUUCUGAUUUUAACAGAAAUGGCUACCAGUCAUGUGCAGGUUCUUGUGGAAUUCACUAAAAAACUACCAGGCUUCCAAACCCUUGAUCAUGAAGAUCAGAUUGCUUUGCUGAAGGGCUCAGCAGUAGAAGCCAUGUUCCUCCGUUCAGCUGAGAUCUUUAGUAGGAAACUUCCUACAGGACAUACUGUCCUUUUAGAAGAAAGAAUUCGCAAUAGUGGUAUCUCAGAUGAAUUCAUAACUCCCAUGUUUAAUUUUUAUAAAAGCAUUGGAGAGCUGAAGAUGACACAGGAAGAAUAUGCGCUGCUCACAGCCAUAGUUAUCCUGUCUCCAGAUCGACAGUACAUAAAGGACAGAGAGUCCGUGGAAAGGCUUCAAGAACCCCUGCUGGAUAUUCUACAAAAAUUCUGCAAACUUCACCACCCAGAUAACCCUCAACACUUUGCGUGUCUUCUGGGCCGUCUCACAGAAUUACGGACAUUUAACCAUCAUCACGCAGAGAUGCUGAUGUCAUGGAGAGUGAAUGAUCACAAAUUCACACCUCUUCUCUGUGAGAUCUGGGAUGUGCAGUGA